AUGUUCAGAAUCGGUUUAGAGCGAAGUUUUCUUUCACUCUGUCAGAAAAGAGUCGUUUUUUCAUUGCAGAGAGAAAGACUUCAUGUGACAAGAAAAUUUCAUUCGUCGAGCUUUCGGUUGCAGUCUCAGCCACCCAAUAGACUCAAAAACAAUUUAGAGACGUUACAGAAAAAGAAAGAAGAGCAGAUAAAGUUAAGAAACAGAAGCGCAGGUUACUAUUCGGGCGCCGUUAUCAUGUUUUUCUUGGGUCUCUCAUGUGUUGCUGUUCCGUUUUAUCGCUAUCUUUGUAAGAGAACUGGAUGGGGUGGAGUUCCCAUUACAGAUGCACGAAUCUUUACACCAGAUAAAGUCAUUCCUGUCAACACAAAUAAGCGAAUUAGGAUCUCUUUCACGUGCCAGGCCUCCGGAAUCCUUCCCUGGAAGUUCACACCCUUGCAGAAAGAGGUUUAUGUGGUGCCUGGAGAAACCGCUUUGGUUUUUUACAGGGCAAAAAACAUGUCGAAGGAAGACAUUGUUGGCAUGGCGACAUACUCUGUCUCCCCGGACCAUGUUGCGCCAUACUUCAACAAAAUUCAAUGUUUCUGUUUUGAGGAACAGAGAUUAGCUGCUGGCGAAGAGGUGGACAUGCCUGUCUUCUUUUUCAUCGACCCCGACUUUGCGAAAGACCCCGCCAUGAGAAACAUCGACGAUGUUGUCUUGAACUACUCCUUCUUCAAGGCUUCUUACAACGAGGGUGAGCUUGAGCCGAUCGGAAUGGCAAACAUUGAAAUGAAGGCCACUGCUGCUUGA